GAAGCGGAAGCGCCGAGUCUCCAUGGCGGCGGCGACGGCGGCGGCGGCCGGGCCGGUGCUCUGGAGGCGGCUGCUGGGCCUGCUGCCUGGCCGCCCCGGGCUGGCCGCGCUCCUGGGGCGCCUGUCCGACCGCCUGGGCAGGAACCGGGACCGCCGGCGCAGGAGGUCGCCAUGGCUGCUCUUGGCUCCUUUGCUGUCUCCAGCUGUCCCCCAGGUCACCUCCCCACCUUGCUGCCUGUGUCCAGAGGGUGUGCACAGGUUCCAGUGGAUCCGAAACCUGGUCCCAGAGUUUGGGGUCUCCAGUUCCCACGUCAGGGUGCUUUCAUCCCCGGCCGAGUUUUUCGAGCUCAUGAAGAGUCAGAUCAACGUGGCCAAGAGACGCGUGGUGAUGGCGUCCCUCUACCUGGGGACAGGUCCUCUGGAACAGGAACUGGUAGAUUGUCUGGAAUGCACUCUGGAAAAGUCACUCCAAGCCAAGUUUCCUUCAGACCUCAAGGUGUCCAUCCUCUUGGACUUCACGCGGGGCUCAAGAGGUAGAAAGAACUCCCGCACCAUGCUGCUCCCGCUGCUGCAGAAGUUUCCAGAACAGGUUCGCGUCUCUCUCUUCCACACGCCUAACCUGCGUGGGCUUCUCAGGCUCCUGAUCCCUGAGCGCUUCAACGAGACGAUCGGCCUGCAGCACAUUAAAGUGUACCUCUUUGACAACAAUGUCAUCCUGAGCGGCGCAAACCUGAGCGACUCGUACUUCACCAACCGCCAGGACCGGUACGUGCUCUUGCAGGACUGCCCCGAGGUCGCGGACUUCUUCACAGAGCUGGUGGGCGCGGUGGGGGACGUGUCCCUGCAGCUGCAGGCCGACAACACGGUGCAGGUGUUGGAGGGGAUGGUGCAUCCUUACAAAGGUGACCGGGCUGCGUACUGCAAGGCGGCCAACAAGAGGGUGAUGGAUGUGAUCAACUCCGCCAGGGUCCGCCAGCAAGUGCUGCACGCCCAGACCUUCCACGGCGACUCCCUCUUGACUCAGGAGGACGCAGCCGCCGCCGGGGACCGGAGGCCAGCCCCCGACACCUGGAUUUACCCACUGAUCCAGAUGAAGCCCUUUGAGAUCCAGAUCGACGAGAUUGUCACCGAGACCUUGCUGACAGAGGCUGAGCGAGGCGCCAGGGUCUACCUCACCACCGGCUACUUCAACCUGACCCAGGCCUACAUGGACCUGGUCUUGGGCACGCGGGCUGAGUACCAGAUCCUGCUGGCCUCUCCGGAGGUGAACGGCUUCUUCGGGGCCAAGGGGGUGGCGGGGGCCAUCCCGGCCGCGUACGUGCACAUCGAGCGGCAGUUCUUCCGUGAGCUGUGCAGCCUGGGCCAGCAGGAGCGUGUCCGGCUGCAGGAGUACUGGCGGAGGGGCUGGACGUUCCACGCCAAAGGCCUCUGGCUGUACCUGGCAGGGAGCGGCCUGCCCUGUCUCACGUUGAUUGGCUCUCCUAAUUUUGGGUACAGGUCGGUUCACCGGGACCUGGAGGCCCAGAUCGCCAUAGUGACGGAGAGCCGGGCUCUGCAGCAGCAGCUUCACCAGGAGCAGGAGCAGCUCUACCUGCGCUCAGGUGUGGUGUCCUCCGCCACCUUUGAGCAGCCCAGUCGGCAGGUGAAGCUGUGGGUGAAGAUGGUGACUCCGCUGAUUAAGAACUUCUUCUGAGGACAGACAGAUUCUUUUGGACCGGAGUCAACAUCGUGCCACAGCCCGGCUUGAGCAAUCGGGGCCUCUGCCCUCCAUGCUCGGCUGCUCCCUUGGUCUCUGCGGACCGUCUCCGGACCCCCCAGAGGCAGGGGCUCCAGGGCCCAUAGCACCUAGAGAGGCACAGUCCCUGGGUCCCUGUCACUGGAUUGCAACCCAAAGGUGAAUCAUCUCUUGGAAAUCUGGGCUGGGAAGUCGUUUUGUCGGCUAACCGCAGUAUGUGCGGAAGAAUGGCUGUUUUAUUUCAGAUUCUACAGGCAAAAUUGCAAAACCUUCCCAUUUUGUGGUUAUUACCAGGGAUUAAAAAUGAGUUGCUUGAUGGCCACUGGUAGUUUUUUCUCUAGUCCCAGGAGUGGUGGCCACUGGCUUUGCAGUUCUGCCGCGAAGGGCAGCAGUGACCCCUCCUGGCCAGCAGAGGGGCCACCCAGCAGCCACUGCUGUGGCUCCACCUUCCUGCCAUGCUGCCCCAGAGGGGUUGGACCCUCAGCCUCCUGCUCCCUGACCAGGAUUUGAGGGGCGUUUUUCCUUCUCUUUUUAGAGCCCCACCAGGCCCCAGGGCUGUUGUGAUUGUUACCCUGAGAGUUAGGUCUUGGGGAGUCUCCUCUCUUGUGGUUCCAGUGACACUGUUUGGGAAACAGUAGUCACAAAACUUCAGGAUCAGAUUGAACUUAGCCUGAGGCCAGGUGUUCCUGGAGGACCCCCUCUGCCCUGCAUGAGAGCCCGAGAACAUCAGGGAGUCAGGCUUCCCCUAGAGUUAGCAGGCUGCCAGCUGCCUUUCUCGCGCCCCUGCCGUGCCGGCUCACCACUCCCCUGCUCGUCUGUAAGCCGCCAGCCCGGCCAGCCCCGAAUGGCAGCCUGCUCACUUGGCUGGAAUGGCCAUGAAGAGUCAGGGCCCGAGGCGUCAGCCAGGUCAUCCCACGGCAGCCCCGGGACCGGCACGCACCAGCCCUCAGGUGUAGUAGGUCAAGUGCUUGGGGCGCUUCUCCUCCGGCCGGUGGUUUUCCGUAGUCCUGUCUCUCUGGACAGGUUCCGGGACCUGAAACAGAUUGGCUGGGGGAUGGAGCAGAGGGUGGGGUUCUCGAUGUUCCUGCAUCCGCUGCAGCACGUGUCCCCCGGGGAAUUCAGGACCCCCGGCUGACAAACAGCGGCUCUCUGCUGCUGGCGCUGUCUGUGCCUCAGCAAUCCCGGCCGCAGUCGGGGUGUGGUGGGGACUCCCCAGGAUGUGGGGACUGCGGGGGGGGAGGAAAGGAAGGCACCGUGCCUCCUGGAAAGGGACUCCCGGCCUCUGGGAGUUACUGUGGAUAUGAUGAGCCUGUCACCUCUGAGGACGCACUUGAAGGUGGGCCCGGGAACCGAGUUCACGGUGUUCUGUGCGCAUGCUCAGGAAGUGGGUGGUGGAUGGGGCCAAGUCACGUCUGGACUGGCCUGUCUCAGUGCCUGGGACCCGGGAGGGAGGAGACUGUCUGAGUCAAGAAAGGUUCUCGGUCCUCGGGAGAAGGGAACGGCACCUCUGGGGACUGUGGAGGUGGCAGUUCCCGUUGGUGUGGAACGCUCUGGCCCCAUGCUGGCAGGGCGCUUGCGUGGCCCAUCGGGCCAGGGCCCGUGGCUGCUGUGCCCACACCUCUGAGUGGCUAGUGGGCACGGGGACGUGGGCCUGACCUCCGGGCUGC